AUGGAAGUGGCCAAGGAUACGGAUACGGUGGAGAUAGAGGUCGAGUCCGGCGGUCUGUGCCAGCCGUUGCGCCGUCGCGUGCGUCGCUUCCUCUCCGCCAAGCAGCUCUACGAGUGUCUGCAUCCACUCUUCCAUGUAACCUACUGGCACGGCCUCACAUGCUUCUACAUCAGCAGCGACGCUGCCACAGGCCGCAAGGACAUCAAGAAGACCCUUUUCGGCUUUGUCAAUGGCAUCAUGCACAUCACCGUCUACACGAUCUGCUACAGCCUCACGAUCUUCAACAACUGCGAGUCCAUUGCCAGCUACUUCUUCCGUUCGCGCAUCACCUACUUCGGCGACAUGAUGCAGAUUGUCAGCGGCUUCAUUGGCGUCACUGUCAUCUACCUCACGGCCAUCAUACCCAACCAUCGACUGGAGCGUUGCCUGCAGAAAUUCCACACCAUGGACGUGCAGCUGCAGACCGUCGGCAUCAAAAUCAUGUACAGCAAAGUGCUUCGCUUCAGCUACAUGAUUCUGUUCUCCAUGUUCAUGGUCAACUUUUGCUUCACCUGUGGCACCUUCUCCGUGCUGUACUCCUCGCUGGUGGCACCCAGCAUGGCUCUGCACUUUACCUUUCUCAUUCAGCACACAGUCAUCUCCAUAGCCAUUGCUGUAUUCAGUUGCUUCACGUACUUGGUGGAGAUGCGUCUGGUGAUGGUAAAUAAGGUGCUGAAGAACCUCUCCCAUCAGUGGGACUCUCGCAGCCUGAAGGCGGUGGCCCAGAAGCAACGCUCCCUGCAAUGCCUCGACUCCUUUUCCAUGUACACAAUCGUGACCAAGGACCCGGCAGAGAUUAUACAGGAAUCCAUGGAGAUCCAUCACCUGAUUUGCGAAGCUGCCGCCACGGCCAACAAAUACUUCACCUACCAACUGCUGACCAUCAUUUCCAUUGCCUUUCUGAUCAUCGUCUUCGAUGCUUACUACGUGCUGGAGACGCUGCUGGGCAAAUCGAAGCGCGAAAGCAAAUUCAAAACGGUGGAAUUCGUCACUUUCUUCUCGUGUCAAAUGAUACUCUACUUGAUUGCCAUCAUCUCGAUUGUGGAGGGCAGCAAUCGGGCCAUCAAGAAGAGCGAGAAGACGGGCGGCAUAGUCCAUUCGCUGAUGAACAAGACCAAGUGCCCGGAGGUGAAGGCAAAGCUGCAGCAAUUUUCCAUGCAGCUAAUGCACUUGAAAAUCAACUUCACAGCCGCUGGACUCUUUAAUAUCGAUAGAACUUUAUACUUUACGAUCAGUGGCGCGCUGACCACGUACCUCAUCAUCCUGCUGCAGUUCACAUCGAAUUCCCCCAGCAAUGCGAAUGCCAAUGGCAAUGGGAAUUACUAUCCCUGUUGCGAGACACUCACUAAUAUAACGAAUCACACAAAUUAG